AUGAUGGAGUCUGGGGCCCCUCAGUGCAGAUUGGCCCUUGUGCUGGAGCUUCACAUCCCAGGAUGGCGCUAUCAGAUGCUGAGAAGGCGGCUUUGGAGCCCUUGUUUGUGAAGAUUGACGCUGACGCUGAGAAGAUUGGAGGUGAAGCCAUGGAGAGUCUCUUCCAGCACCAUCCAGACACCAAGUCCCACUUCACUCACAUGGACGUGACCCCCGGCAGUCAGGAUCUGAAGACACAUGGAGGGAAGAUCAUCCACGCCAUUAAUGAUGCCCUCAACCACUAUGGAAGUCUGCAGGAGAACUUGGCCACACUGCGGGAGAUGCACACCAACAAGCUGAAGCUCAGUGUGGACACCAUCAAGCUGCUGUGUGGUUGUCUUCUGGAGGUCAUCGUCAAGCAUUUCCCAGAUGUGGACAAGUCGGCCUGUGACAAGUUCCUCAAUGAGGUUGCCGUUGCCCUGAUCUCCAGCUGACCGGAAGGAUUCUUCUCAGAUCUAUGUCCAUGUGUCUCCUGUAACAAGCGUCUGUCCUCCAUGAUACUGAUGACGGCUCCAUGACCCGGGAUCUCUUCUCCUGAUCUGUAAUAAAUAUUAUAUUCUUGUACAUCCCGUCUCCUGGUAUUCUUAGUCUGAUCUUCUGCGAUUUUGGCCAAUAAUGGUGUCUACAUCAAGGAAUCCAGUAGACUACAGA